AUGGCGCUUCACCUCACUCAGUCAUUGAGUCUGCCCAUGCCGUUUUCAGCUCUUCGCCCGAUCUUAUACACACACUCCCUGCAGUACCUCUACACUGCCAACACAGGAGUAACUGCUGCUCUGCUGGAUAGAAAGCAGUUUGCAUACUUUGGAAACAACAUUACUGUGAUACUCUUAAAGCUAGACUGCAUGAAGAAUGUCGAAGCUGAUGACCGAGAGUACUGGAGACGAGAGACAGAACGUGUGCGGAAUGAUCAGCACUGGCUCCAAGAGAAAGAGCAGAGCUUUAAUCAAACUAAAGGAGUUAAUGUACUAAAUAGGAAGUACGGCUGCGAGCUUGAUUCUAACGGCACCACUAGAGGAUAUGAUCAGUAUACUUGUGAUGAAGAGGAUUUCAUCAGUCUGAAUCUGACGACUGAAACCUGGACUGCAGCUAAUGAUAAAGCCAAGUGUUUUAUUAAGGAGUGGAAUUCUGACGGAGAGAGGGCUAAACACGGGAAGGACUUCCUGAAGAAGGACUGUAUUGAUCAGUUAAAGAAGAUUGUAUCCUGCAGCAAUACCACUCAGGACCGGAAAGGUAUGCCAAUGUUCCAGAAACACUCGUCUCCUUCUCCAGGGGUGAUGUGUCACGCUAUAAGUUUCUUCUUCAAACCAGUGACGAUCACCUGGAAGAAGGACGGAGAGGACGUGCAUGGGGACGUGCAUGAGGACGGAGAAACUAUACCCAACCAGGAUGGAAGCUUCCAGAAAAGCAUUCUGAAAGUCCCACCUGAGGAGCUGCAGGAACACACCUACACCUGCGUAGUUCAGCAUAGCAGCUUGGAGAAGGAGAUAAUCUUAAAAGUACCAAAAGGUCCUUAUAAACUAGAGAUGCAGAGAGUGAAAGCUGAUUUUUUUCUGCAGUAG